UCUUCAUUGCAGAAAUGACGUCCAUCGACACAGGCGAAUUGCAACUAACCUCACAAACGGUGGAACCUGACGUGACAUUACUUCAGCGGUUGAAGGAUACAUUGAAAACAAAUCCGUACUUCAAUGCAGGAGCAGGCCUAGCUGGAAUAGGUCUAGCUAUGGGAGCCCUUCGUCGGCUUACAAUCAUUGGUAAUGCAUACUUUCGACGCAGAUUCAUGAUCUCGCUCCAAAUUAAUAAUGAAGACGCUGCAUAUCCAUGGCUGUUAGAUUUCAUUAACAGAAGAAGUGCAAGACAGACUAGAAAUUUAUCAGUUAACACGAUGAUUUCUCAGUCAGAAAGCGGAAAAACAGCUAUGCAAAUCUCAUAUCUGCCAGGGCAUGGCCAACAUUUCUUCGUGCACAAGUAUCGAUGGAUCAAAGUAGAACGACAACGAGAAAAACAAACAAUUCAGAGGGAUGGCUAUCGUACGCCCUUCGAGACCGUUACUCUAACUACAUUGGGAACAGAUCCAGCAUUCUUGAAAAAUAUGCUUGAGGAGGCAUCCUUGGAAGCUGUUGCUAAGAAAGAAACUGGUUUGGUAGUGUACCAAGCUGUCGGUCCGCAAUGGAUCCGUUUUGGCGCACCAAGGCGAAAAAGGGAUGUACACACUGUAGUUCUUGAUGGAAAUAUUGCACAAGAGCUUGUAGAAGAUCUCAAGGAGUUCAUCGAAUCCUCUGAAUGGUAUACAGAGCGCGGAAUUCCAUACCGAAGGGGAUAUCUGUUUUAUGGUCCACCAGGGACAGGAAAGAGCAGCUUCAUAUCGGCAUUGGCUAGUCAUUUUGGAUACAGCGUCUGUAUGCUGUCUCUUAGUGAACGGACGCUUGAUGAUGACAGAUUGAAUCAUCUGCUGAACACAGCUCCAGUGAACAGCGUUGUGAUUCUAGAGGACAUCGAUGCUGCUUUCGGGACUAGAGCCGAUCCCAUGAAUAAUCAACCAGCUUAUCAAGGUAUGACAAGGGUGACUUUCUCUGGCUUGCUCAAUGCAAUAGACGGCGUUGGAUCCGCUGAGGAAAGAAUUUUGUUUAUGACCACCAACUAUGUAGAGAGGCUGGAUCCCGCUUUGAUUCGUCCUGGACGAGUAGAUAGGAAGCAGUUGUUUGGUAACGUAACCAGGAGUAUGGCGCAAAAGAUGUUCAGUCGUUUCUAUGGCCUAGCCGAAGACGAUGCACUUUGUGAAGAGUUUGUAGAACGCGUAUUUUCACUUGGCUGCGAGUUAUCUCCCGCGCAGUUACAAGGGCAUUUUCUUCUAUACAAACAAUCACCACGGAUAGCGAUGGAGCGUGUGGCCGAUCUCAAUGCCUCUGCGAAAUAAUAAUGGAUGUAGUACUAGAUAACUUCAUUGCCCGCGAUUAGGGUAUGUAUAUAUAGGAUAUUUUUUUUUGUGAUAUAUCGCUGUACUGCCAACUUGUACAAUUAUUUAGUGUAAUAAUGCAAA